GCCUGUGAGAAAGGCGGAGCGUGGCAAAACGCCUUGCAUCUCCUCUCGGAAAUGUCGUUCACACGACUGAGAGUUAGCGCUGUCAGUAUCGCUGCUGGAAUGAGCGCUUCCGUGCAGAAGUCGCAGUGGCCUCUGGCGCUGCGGUUGUUCUUCGACAUGCUCCAGGACAGCAUAGCUGCCGACACUGUCGUCUACGAGUUGGCUGUUCUCGCUUGUGCAGACGGAGGGAAGAGUAACUUAGCAGUGCAGCUGCUGAACGAGAU